UCAAUGAAGAUCAAUUCUUAUUGGUAAAUCUCCUCGUUGCAUGAAACUCUGAGACGCUUCUGCCGAAUAGUCGGCUCCUCCAGCAGGAUCUGUGUUCUUGCCGUCAUCAUAAUCCCCCUCUCUUCUCUCCUGUGGGAUUAUCAUGGCGACGAAGCAGUGCAGCCUGUGACGAUCCGCUGCUCUUCUUUAUGUUCUUUUUUUACUAUUCUGGCUUUGAUUUGGUGAAAUACCAGGAGCCAGAAUGCUGAACCAGAGCGCUGUGAUGAUCUUCACUGGGAUUUGUGGGGCAUUGGUGGUCAUGGCAAUGGCCUACUAUGUCUACUGGUCUGUAAUACUGGCUGACGGACCGUGUAAACGCGGCUUGUAAAAGGGAUCCCACUGUGGUUGGUCAUAGUGUAUAGAAAGGAGCCUACUCAGCUCUCCAGGCUCCUCAGCUAUGGCUCUGCUGGCCUGCCUGAAGAGCCUGUUCAUCCUGCAGCUGCUGAUGGGCUUUGUGUUCGUGGUGAGCGGCCUCAUCAUCAACUUCAUUCAGCUCCUCACCUGCAUCCUCUGGCCGAUCAACAAGCAGCUCUAUCGUAAAAUCAACUGCCGGCUGGCCUACUCCCUCUGGAGUCAGCUCGUGAUGCUGCUGGAGUGGUGGUCAGGCACAGAAUGCACCUUAUACACUGACCAAGCUACGGUGGAGAAGUUCGGCAAAGAGCAUGUCAUCACCAUCCUCAACCACAACUAUGAGAUUGACUUCCUGUGUGGCUGGACCAUGUGCGAAAGAUUCGGCAUCCUAGGGAGCUCAAAAGUGCUCGCCAAACACGAGCUACUGAAGGUUCCUCUGAUUGGCUGGACCUGGUACUUCCUCGAAAUCGUCUUCUGCAAAAGAAAGUGGGAGGAGGACCGAAAGACAGUCUUCAAGGGACUGAGCCAGCUCAAAGACUACCCUGAAUAUAUGUGGUUUCUGCUGUACUGCGAGGGAACCCGCUUCACAGAGCAGAAGCACCAAAUCAGCAUGCAGGUUGCCGAGAGUAAAGGCCUGCCCACGCUCAAAUACCACCUACUACCCCGAACCAAAGGGUUCACCACCACACUGCAGUGUCUUAAGGGCACAGUAACUGCUGUGUACGAUGUGACUCUGAACUUCAAAGACAACCAAACUCCUACUCUCCUGGGCAUCGUCAACGGCAAAAAAUACAAAGCUGACCUGAGUGUUAGGCGGUUUCCUGUGGAGGACAUACCAGCUGAUGAGAAGGAGUGUGCAAUCUGGCUGCACAAGCUGUACCAGGAGAAGGACGCCCUACAGGAAUUCUACAAAAAGGAAGGCAAGUUCCCCGGACCCACCAUAACCACCCAUCGCAGGCCAUGGACGCUGCUGAACUUCCUGUUUUGGGCCACCCUGCUGCUUUCGCCCCUCAUCAACUUUGCUUGCGGAGUGGUCGUCAGUGGCUCCCCCCUACUAAUCAUUGGCUUUAUCAUUUUCCUCAUCAUAGCCUCGAUAGCUAUCCGCCGCCUCAUAGGGGUCACCGAGGUGAAGAAAACAGGCUCCAGUUAUGGCAACCCGGAGGCCAAGAAAGAAAACUAAAGUGUCACCCCCCCUCCCCCCUCCGUGUACAGCCGUUUCUGUCAACCUGCGGCAUCUCGCCCCUACCCAACUCAAUUCUCCUCCUACUUUUGAGUCAGUCGGCAGGCAGUGGAGGAGACCCAGCAGUGAAAACAUGAUGGAGACCAGAGUUAGAAAUAUGAAUUGCACUAGAGUGAGCGAGGGCAUUGGGGGGUCUGGGGUUCAAGCUCUCUUAUGUAACACAGAACGUAAGGAGGGGGAGAUGCAUCUUUCUUAAUCCCACCGCCUACAUCCAAGUUCCAUUAAAUCCCCGUAACACCCGAGUUUAAGCUCCUAACUUGUCUGAGGUCGCAUGGACAGCCAGUCAGCCCAUUUCCUGCUCUGCUCUACCAACCACUUCCUGUCCGAGUCAUCAGCCAAUUAGGGAGUGGUGACGUGUUCAUUCUUUUUUUUGCCCACUGAACCCAAGAAGAUUUGUAUUUAUGUGCCCCAAGUAGCCACCGCUGACACUUCUACUGCUCCUCCAACACAAAUGUUGACUGUGCUGUAAAAGUUAACAGCAGCGUGUUAACUUUUACAGACUUUUGGCAGUUACUAUUUGUCUGUUGUGAAAAGAUGAUGAUAAUAAACUGACCACAUUGACAUCAUUGGAUUGUCCAAGUAGGAUUCUUUCUUGAAAUAGACGUUGCAGUUUUUCAUGUAUCAUUUUAAACCACUGACAUUCAGUCCACCUCCUCUGUGUUGGGUUAGCAGCAGAAGUCUCAGGGCAGAGAUUUCCAAACACAAAUCCCACAUCAUCUCCAGGGCUAGAUACUGCAAGGGUUAAGUGGGCGAGUCUUUUUUUGGGAGUUUUCAUCUCAUUAUUUUGGUGAACUGACCCCUCACCGUCUUGGCAUUGAGAGGCUGGUGUCUGCUAAACUAAAGCAAGGGCUCCAAAUGUGAAAACCGUCCUCAAGGACACCGACCAUCUGCUACGGGUCUCAUUUGUAGUCCGCAGCACCAACUCCUACAGAUUCAUUGACACAUUUUGUUUUUUUUCAGUUCUAUUCCUAUUUUCACUUGCUUUACACAGAUAGGAAUUUGAUUACAUAUUUUUCUGACCCCCUAAAUGUGACGUUAAUUCAACCAGCGAUCCCGGUCCCGACACUGAAGCCGUUCAGCUUACCACCCCUUCUCCUCUGAUGCUUGACAGUUUAAAUGCAGUGCACACUGCUCUGCUCUUUUGUGUUUGAAUCUUGGUGUAACCAGAUCCCAGAAAAAACUCAUGUAUUGUCUUCACGUAGCCUCGCAGCUGUUGGCGUAUCAUUUUUCUUUCCAGACAUAGACUGCAGUCGUGAUGUUUUAACCUUUGCCUUAAAUCAAGCUUGCUCAGGCAAGGGAUUGCUCAUUCACCACCCCUUUAAAACAGCACCCACCUCUUUACCUCUGCGUUAUGUUUGAAUGGUCACCAAAUGAAUAAUGAAAAGCAAAGCAAAUGAAUAAUGAAAAGCCAUUUUUAAUUGAAGUGGAAAGCUAGAAAGUUGUUGCUUUGUGGCUUCCUUGUAGUCGUUGAGAAGCUGCUCACACACUCUGUGCCGGCAGCUUUGUUUCAGUGGAUGUCCGAGCCGUUGUUGUGGCACAGCUCCAUACAUUUCACCAUUUUUAAAAUCGGUCAUCCCAGAGUUAGUUGUUCUUCACUGCAACAAAUUGAACGUUGGCCGCUGCAGUCCAUGAGUGCAUCUCUUCCAGUGUUGAAAGCCAGUUUUCCUGGUCCAAAAUGCAACCAAUGGUAGCAAGACGUGGAGGGGACAUGUCGUGUCCUGCUCUCUCCUCCCCUCACUGUCGUGUUAAUCAUAUAUUUUGUUGGUUUUCGUUUUUUCCCUCCUCAGCAGCAAUAUGUUGUGUACAUCCUCUCUCUGUGGAUUUCUCAAACCAGACCGAUUUCAUACAAGCCUUAAUAGACAGUGCUGCUUAAAUUUUGUGUGGAAAUGUAGACGCUAACUGAGCCCCUGUUGUGUCCUCCUGUAUAACAAGCAAGUUGCCGGAAUUAGUUGCCAUGCAAGCUUGUUCUAAAGUUAAUAAAGAAUUAAAAAGAAAUGAGACUAGGUGAAGUCUGCUCUUGUGCAGAAAGAGCUGUUUGUAAUCGGUUCACGUUUUUUUUACAAGAAGAUACUUUGACUUGCUUUACCUUAUUUGUUUACAGCGUUAGUAUCUUGGCCUGCUGUCUUUUCUCUCAAGAGGUCAGAUACCAAUGCAGUGCACUUCAUCCUGUCAUUCAGUAACACUCUUAUUCAGAAGCAAGAAGAAUGGUAAUAAGCAAAGUAUUUAGGAACACUUUUUACACUGGAUGUUUUCUAUUCAGUGAAGGAAUAUACAUGUAACUUGUGGUUGCUGUUUUUUUCUUUUUUCUGAGGUCUCCAAUGGAAUCAAAUAUUACAAAUUUACACAAUUGAAUGAUUUCUUUUUUUUUUUUUUUUUUUUUUUUUAAAUCAAGGAUAAUUGAGUUGGUGGCACUUCUUGCGUCAACUUUUGUUUUCUAAACAAUUUUUAUGUUUUUCUUCAACUAAAAACACUUGAUAAUAUUAAAGGAUUUAAUCUCACA